GGUUCUCGUGUCGGAGAGAUCGUCGCACAAUUCAGAUGGUCGGAGCAGGUAUUCGACUGUUUCGAUUUCCCGGCACCCGUGUUACGGGUCGCCGACAUCACCCAGGGUUACCCGACAUACCAGGAGCAAGCGGGCGGUGAUACCCAGCUCUUGCUGUUCCAAGGAGACACUCCGCGUCUCUUCCGCCUUUACCUAUCCAAGAUCCCCUGGUGUCCAGCGAACAAGUUCAGCACCCUCACACAGUUGUAUCUCCACAAUUGCAGCUGGUCAGGACCCUUCACUGCGCUCGCUUCGCUCCUCAGUGGGACUCCCAACCUUGUCGACUUGGUAUUGGACAAGAUGGACUGCCUUUCCGAGGACGAGGGUAUUCAUUUGCCUAAACCUCGCCUUGGUAGGCUGCAGCGACUUACGCUGUCGUCUACACGCAGCAAAUCACGCCGUACAAUCGUCAGGAGCAUAGAACUCGGCGCAUGUACCUCGGUCUCUAUGUACGGCGGCUCGGAUUUACGAGACCCUCUUAUACUGGAUGACAUCCAGAGAUCGAGGGGCCCGCGCGCCGAUCAGUGGUCCAAGAUCUAUCUUCUGCGCACCCGGCCACGCACCGCCCCAGGCACCUUGCGAUACGUCAACCCUCGCCAGACCCAUUGUGUUCUAUGUGAAAACAUGGACAUCGUAGGCGCAGAGUGGAAGGAGACUAUCACCACGAGCGAAGGAUCUGUACAGCUCGUAUCCUCUGUUAGGAUACCAGCCCAAGUCGAUACAUCUCUGGUCCGCGAGGCAUGGAUCAUCGAGCUUUCAUACCAUGAUGAACACUCCAAACUUGGUUUCUCCUCAUCAGACUUGGUCAGCCUCAUGCGGCGCAUGCCAGCACUUGAGUCUCUGACGAUGUCCGACGAGACCCUCAGCCGGUUCUGCCAAUCACUCAUGUUCGCCCGCGAUACACUUUGCCCGCGACUAUCUUCGGUGCACAUCCUGCUCAAUGGAUGUUCGUCUGGUCCAGUAUCCAUCCUCAGGCCACUCGUUGCCAUCCUGCGCUCCCUCCCUCGCCGCGUAUUUAAGGUCAAGAUUGGUUAUCUCCCAGGUUUCAAGAAGGAACGCGUCUAUGCAACGGAAUUUGACGCGUUUUUUGAUUCUGUCGAGUACGUGUCCUAUACCGAAAUGCCACAUAUGGAGAUGCCGCCUGUUUACCGUGCCGACCCACACUCCUUCUGGCCAUCGUGGCCUCUGCCCAAGUGGAAGAGUCAACUUGAGAUGUGGAGCAGAUUUGCUGGAGACGUGGAGUAGAUUUUAGGAGCUGGCAUCUGGGCCGCGGCGGUUUCUGUCUCUUGCUCUUAGGUCCUGCUGUUGAGGAAGCUGUCGAAUC